GAAUCUCUGCGAACUAGCGUCUCACUAUGUUGCGCUGCUGUGGUUGACCCGUCUGGGUUGACGUUGUACUUUCUUGUAUUCAGCCUUCCCGCGUCCCCGUUCUCGAAUCUGUUUGGUUCAGUCCGCCUCAAUCAGUCUGUCAUAACACGUUCGAGGUAGCAGUUGUGUGGUGUGUAGUGUGUGUAGUGCUAGUCCUGGUGCCCAACAUGGCAUUGAAUCAGGAUGAGGCCAAACAGGUGGUACGAGUCGACCAAGACUCCGAGACCGAUCUGCAGGCCCUCUUUGACAGUGUCCUCAAACCGGACGCGAAAAGACCCCUUCAAGUACCGUGGAGCAUGAGGAAAUUGCCCGAUUCAUUUUUCAAUCCACCCUCGACUGGCUCGAAAAGCAUCAACCACUCACGUGAAAAUUCUGUUGAUUCGGCGUUCGGUUCUUCAACGGGAAAUUCGACCACUGCCCCUGUUAACACUGUGCCCUUACAGACUGCUCAUCACAGGGCACACAGUUCCCCAGCAUCCCUUCAGCAGACUUACGCUGUCGGCCAACAAUCGUCCGGUCAUCAUCAUAUCAAACAACGAUCGUACGAUGUUGCUAGCAAAACUGAAGAUAACACCCCGUUACCACCAGGAUGGGAACAGGCCAGAACUCCCGAAGGACAGGUGUAUUAUCUAAACCACAUUACCCGCACUACCACUUGGGAGGAUCCAAGGAAGUCCCUAGCAGCUCAAACAGCGGCUCAACAUCAAAGUGCUGAGCAACUUCUUUCUACACACCAGUCCACAUCUCCUACUUCUACAACUGCGAAGGUCAGUGCAGAUGUGGAAAUAGGUCCACUACCAGAAGGAUGGGAACAGGCACAAACUCCCGAAGGAGAAAUAUAUUUUAUUAACCACCAGACCAGGACAACUUCUUGGUUUGAUCCUAGAAUUCCACAUUUACAACAGAGAACUCCGGGUACAGGUGUCAUGUUGACGCCCUGGCAGAAUACAUCACAGUCAACACCGGUCAAACAGCAACAGCUACGACUUCAACUCCUGCAACUUGAACGCGAUAGACUGAAACAACGUCAGCAGGAGAUAAGAAGACAGCAGGAACUGAUGCUGAGAGGAAGCAGUACGGAUCUUCCUAUAGAUCCGUUUUUGUCCAGUCUGACUGAUCAUUCACGUCAGGAAUCUGCCGAUAGUGGCCUUGGUAUGGGUACAACUUACUCGAUGCCACACACACCUGAGGACUUCCUUUCUACUAUGGACGACAGUAUGGAAGUGGGCAGUGAAAGCCACACUAUGGACACUCCAGACAUAUCAACACUCAGUGAAAACAUCGAUUCUACAGAGGACCUUGUGCCUUCCUUACAACUAGGAGAAGAAUUUCCUAGUUUAGAUGAUGUUCAAUCAUUGAUCAAUCCACCCAAUACCAAGCCUGACAAUGUGCUCAUCUGGUUGUAAAUUAAGUGCCUAUCUAUACAUUUUUAUAAUAUGGCUAACUUCUUAUAGUUAUUAACUGAAAAAAAAAUAGGGACAAUAUUUUCCCCACAACAAACAUGGAAGUUUUUUCACCUGACCAUUUUUAAAACAUUCUGUAAUUUUUUAAUUAUAUUUGCGGUUCGCCGAAAGUGUUAGUUUUAUGAUGUAUUCGCAGAUUCACUAACUAUAGCUUAAUUUACCAAUUUAUUUUUUUAUUGAUUCAUAGGAAAAUUCUUUACGUGAAAGUAAUAGAACAAUUCCGUGUUUCCUUUUUUUUUUAAUUCAAACAAGAUAAUUUCUUCAGACCACUUUCCAUAAUUGAUGCAUUCUUUUUUCAGAUGGCAUUAAAAACUACAGAUAAAUCGACUUGGUCAAAAGUAAAGAAAAAACUUCGUUCAUUCUAGGAUUUUCAACGCUCACAGUAACAUGAUUUUGAACUUCAUCAGAAAUCGAGUUGAAAUAAUUGCAAUAAAUUUACGUUAUACGCUUCUACACGGCAAUAUUAAUUAACUAUAUGUUCUAAAAGUAAUUGUUGAAUGUUGAAUUUUAAGCAUUUGUAUUUCUUACAGUUUAUGGGAACGUUAUUACAAUGUUGGGCGUGUUUUCAAGGAAUAUCUAUAGUUUCUUAUUCUAAUUUAGUUGUUGUAGAAUUAGAAUUCGAAGUAUAAAAUUUCAGUGUAUUCUUUUGGGGAAAUAAGAUUUGUUGUGAAUUCAAAUGAAUCAAUCUUUUAUUUCCCUAUCAGAAACUUAAACAUAAAAUGGAAUCACUCAUUUCGGAAUUUGUACUAUUUAUUUAUUGUUGUGUUCUCUAGAUUAUUUAAUAUUUUAUUUACUUUUAUAUGUAUUUAGGUCAGAUUAAGAAUUUUUAUCGUUUGUGAUAAAUCAUAUUCUUUCAUCAAUUCCCACAUCAUUUUGGAAUUACUUUGGACCAGUAACAAUUUUACUGUUGCUGAUUUUGACUCAUGUAAUUUCAUGUACUUAAACAUUGAUAUAAUUAUUUAUAGCAGCAAUAUUAGACAUACUGGAAAUAAUGAAAAUUUCUAGCUCCAAAUUUUUUAUUUAGGCUUUCACGCCAUUUGAGUAAUUUGUAAUAACCUGAUUUAUGAGUUCAUAAAUGAUAGUAAGACCUCAAAAGUUGAUCGGUGUAUGUAUGGUACACCCAUUCAACUUGCUAUAAAAUUUUCCAUAUAUUGAAUAGCUGUUUUACAUUAGUUGCCCUAAUGUUAAAACAUGAUGCUCAUGAUUAUUUAAAAUGAAUCCAUCCAUUUUUGGUGCCUUUAGUGUAUUGUAAAUACUUAUAUAUAUAUUGAAAAAUCAAUUUUGCAGAAAUAGAUACAGUGAUCUAUAUCUUUUAUAUACAUUCUUUUACAAUAAUAUUUCAUCUUUUAUGAUGUUCUUCUCAAAUAGCUUUUAGCUAAUUUCAAAGCAUCACCGCAGUUUAGAAUUACUUCCUUUUAUGGGCCUGUUUUAUGAGUCUAAACCAAACUUUAAUUCAAGGAAAAGUCUAUCAACUUGUUAGCUCUCAUAUGAAGACCUGAGCUGGAAUGCCUUAAUUUUGUAGCACUGAUCUUCUGGUGCAUUAGAAUUCACUUUUUCCAACUUACAAGCUAAAUAAAAAUAUGGAAGCAUAUCUAAGGUUUAUCAGAUUUGUUGUUUAGCUUCAACAAUAUAUAAAAAAGUGAUAUUUUUGAUCCUUGCAAUAAGUUUUAUUGAACUUAAUGGACUUUAAGAUUCAUAGAGCCAGCCCUGUAUCUACCUCUGGAACUUGAAUGCAGCUAAUAUUUAAAGAUAAAACUUGACAAAAUUUUUUUCAUGAUCUCCUUUUGAAUGCUCAAAUAUACCUCAUCCAAAAAUUAAUAAAAGAUGAAACAUGUGUGCCUUAAAAUUAUCCAACUUUUUUGAGGAUAUAUGAACCUGCAGUGAUGUUUUGCUGAUAUAACAAUUUGUGAUGCCUUCAAGAAAAUUUGCGCAUUAUUUUUAAUAGUAAUGUUUUGUCCCUCUUCUCUUUUUAUAUGGAAAAUGUGUUUUAUUGUUGUGGCAAGAUGCCAUCUGUAAUUGAGUGCCAAACGUUUGAUUUCAAUUUCAGGCAGUGUGAGUAGUUGAAGUUGAACUGCAUAUAUCGUCUGUAUUCGUAUGAAAUAAUUCAGUGUAGUUAGCUAUGCAUCUGCAAUGAAUUAUUUCAUAAGUAUUUCAGAGUUACAGGUUACAUCAUGUCUAUGCUUUUUAUGUAUGUUUCCAAAUAAUUUCUUGAUGCGAACUGAUAUUGAAUUGAGGAAAUAUUUUUCCUAAUAUGAAUUUAAAAAAAAUUUUGUCUGAUGGAUACACAUAGUAUGAACUUUCCAGAAGAGAAUUUAUGUGAACUUUUUAGAAGUAACUGACAGACAUACUCAUCUGGAUAAUUAUGAAUUAAGUGUUUUACAGCUUUUACUAAGAAUAAGUUCGAAUGUAUUUUUGAAAUGAAGAGAUCUCAAUACUGGAUUUAUCAUUGGAAACAAUUUUUUGAAGCAAUUCAUUAACAAUUUUGCAAAAUAAAUAAAUGUUCAAAUAAUUUUCAUGAAUAUAUAAAUUAGAAGAUAAUUUUCAACAUUUGAUCACAGAAUUUUAUAUUCGUAAAAUUUUUUCAAAUUCAUCUGGAACUUUGAACUAGAAUUGAAAGCUCAAUUAGAGAACAAACCCCACCAAUCGGCUAGCUAUGUCACUUCUUGUAGUGAUUAGAUCAUAAAUUAUUUUGUAACAAUGUACAGAUCUUCAUAUUUCAUUUUAAGAUAUUAAUACUUCAGAUUAGUUUGUAAACCUUAUUAUUCAUCAUUGUGAAACAACAUUAGUUAAAAACUGUAAAUAUAUAAACGACAUAUUCUAUAA